AUGGCUUCAAAUGAUGAGGGGUGGAGAAAUGAAAGGAACAAAUCCUACAGGGUAGCCUCCACCUCUGACUUUGAUAGUAUGGAGACAAUGUCCAAGCAGCUGGACUUCCUAACUAGCAAGCUUGGAAACUUCAACAAUUACCGCCCCAACCAAAGGGGUGGCAAUUACAACAACUAUGGGAACAAGUUGCAUCCCAACUUGUCUUACGGGAACCCAAAUAAUGCCUUGCAACCACCACCCGGAUUCCAGGUAUCUAAUGGCCAAGUCAAGGAGCUGAAGAAGGAAGAUCUUGGAGAUGUGUUGAUGGCUUUCAUGAAACACAGAGGCGAAUGCAUGACACAAUCUAAUAAGAGGCUGGACAAGCCGAGGCAAUUUCCUGGCAAUACAAGCAUCGAUCCUGUCAAACACAAAGAGUGCAAAGCCAUCUGUGCGACCAUUCAACCCAAUGAAGUGGAAAAAGAGGUGGAUGAAGAGACUACAGAGGAUAAUGUUGUUGAGGAAGAGAAGAAACAACCUGAACCACCUCGAUUGGAGCCAUAUACUCCUAAGAUACCGUUCCCUAGCCGAAUCAAGAAAAAGGUUGUGGAUGAGAAAUUUGAGAAAUUGUUGGACAUCUUUAGGAAGGUGGAUGUGAAUAUCCCACUAGUAGAGGCUCUGCAACAGAUGCCUAUGUAUGCAAUGUUCCUAAAAGAUGUGAUCUCCAAAAAGUUAAAGUGGGUGGACAACGAAACAGUGAGCAUGUCGGAGAAUUGCAGUGCCAUAAUCCAGAAGAAAUUGCCAGCAAAGCUUAAGGACCCUGGAAGUUUCAACAUAUCAUGUGUCAUUGGUGAUGACAAACACACGAAUGCACUUUGCGAUUUGGGGUCGAGCAUCAACUUGAUGCCCCUAUCCUUCUUUAGGAAGAUGAAAAUCGGAACUCUCAAGUCGACUAGAAUCACGCUCCAAAUGGCUGAUAGAUCCGUCACCUAUCCUAAAGGGAUCAUAGAAGAUGUGUUAGUACGGGUAAAUGAAUUUAUAUUUCCCAUUGAUUUUGUCGUGCUUGACAUGGAAGAAGAUAGGAAUGUGCCGCUUAUCCUUGGUCAGCCAUUCUUAGUGACAAGGAAAGCAAUUGGUUGA